AUGAGAAUCCUUAAUUUUUCCUUUUCUGUAUUCAUCUUCAUCUUCCUCGAUGAUCCAGUCAUCCAUGCCCUCGACAUAAACUGUCCAUAUUCUCGCUGUGGUAGCAAUCCUUACUCCAUACAAUUCCCUUUCAUAUUAAAAGGCCAACUGCCUCAAGUUUGCAGUCACUACAUAGACCUAACAUGCAUUUCUCAGACCAGCACUGUUCUGAGUAUUCCUUUUUCAGGAGACUUCUAUGUCAACUAUGUUGACUAUUCUGCACGAACAGUCACACUUCUCGAUCCUAAAAACUGCCUUGCAAAGCGGCUGAUGAAGUUGAACCUUUCUUCUUCUGCUUUUGCACCUGUAUAUGAUUACCAGAACUUUACAUUUUAUAACUGCCCUGGUGAUAGGCCAUUGUACAAUUUUAGAGUGAUUAAUUGCCUCAGCAUCGAUCCGAAUGUUACUGUUGUUAGCUCCCAGCUUUCGCCUGCAGAAAUGGAGAAAUUCUAUGGCUGCAGCAAAAUUAGUACUGAGGAAUUCCCUCUUCUUGAGAAUGAUACUUUUAGUGAACUCAAGUUGAGAUGGAAUGUUCCAAGUUGUGUAGAUUGUGAAGGAUUUGGACCACGGGGAAAAGAUGGAUCCAAGGGAAAUACGUUCAAACACGUUGAAUUCGUCUUAUUGAUUCCUUUGGCGAUAGUGGUGGCGUUUCUGGUUGCAUCAUUCAAAAGAGUAGCAGCAGCAAGAUCCGCCAGGAGGGAUGUGGCUCUGACACAACAAUCUACGACCACCACCAACUCUGGUGAUGGUGUAAUGCAGCCACGAUUGGUUAGCGUUGAAGCUAUGAUGGUCUCUGAUGGUCAGCAGGCCUGCUUGAAAACCAUGAAUUAUUUGAAGUUUGUUGAAUUUAAUGAUGGAAAUUUAGAGGGUCAUGAUCAAGGUGGAUUUAUAUUUUUCCUUUUGAUGGUGGUCUACCUCUUCGUGCACAAUAUGAACUGUUACGCUGGAGAAAUAGAUAUGGGAAUUGCUCGUAUCAUGGCUGAAGUAGGAACUCCAUCCACAACGUUGAAUGCAGUUCUGGCUGCUGCUAAUGCAACACAUCUUGAUGAUACUCAAAUUAAGUCAUGCUCGGAGCUGAUAGAUGUGGAGAGUAAUGGAACUGUAGUUCAAGGCCAGAGUGAGAAGAAUGGCUGCUCGAUUUGCUUAGAAGAAUACCGUGCCAACGAGAAGGUAAGGCAGAUAAAUCUGUGCCAACAUCACUUCCAUGCUGAUUGUGUUGAUCAUUGGUUUCAAAAGAAUAGCACUUGCCCUAUUUGCAGAGUGUCUCUGUUGGAUGAGAAACUGUAG